GGUUUGUCAAACUGGAUGUUUACAUUUUGCGGAACAUAAACAAAAAUCGGAAGGGAGAAAAAUUCUCAGGGAAAUCCUCGGAUUUUUCCCUCGAAAUCAUGAACGUGGUACAGUCCAACAUUUCCACGACUAUCAGGAGCUUCAACAUAUCGGACGAUAUCCGAAUCGAGGUAAAAAAGUUCCGGACCGAUGCCAGCAUCGAUGAGGUGGACAUCGAGGACGAUGAGGACGAUAUUUCGGUCAUACAAAAGAUCGCCAGAACCUUCGCUGACCCCCACAGUACUACGAUUGAUCCGGCUAUCCUGCGAUCCAUCAUUGCUCGAUUAGAUGAGAUCGAAAAGAAGCUUGAAAGCGUCGUGCAAAUGAACAAACAAGCGGACGCCCUGGAAUUACAAGCUACUAAGCAAACAAAUGGACCAUCCGGCAAUGCAAUAACAUCGUCCAGUAGUGGUCCUGUCGGCAGUACGGUGGAUGAGGCGCUGGAGCUUAAGCUCGAGCUGGAUUGCGACAGUGAGUUGAUUGGUGAAUUCAUCGGCGAGCAGGAUGAGUUCAAACUGGUGGAAUUCCCCAUCAACCGGAUCGAGGAUCUCAAAGAGCUGGAAGAAUCGGUUAUUGCUGAUCAAGAGUCGUUAAUGUCAUUUAUCAACUUUAUCAAUGCAACCAUCUUGAAGCAUAAUCGCAACCUGGAACUCGUACUGAAAGACUUUCUCACCGAAUCGCUCAUAGUGAAACUGGGCUACAGCACGGUCAAGGAAUCUAUGCUUUCGUUUUACAUCUUCAACCAACUGCUAUACGAUAUCUGGAAGAAUGAAUAUUCCACCAUCAAUGAUUAUAACAACAAGCUGAAGACCAUAGUUUCCAAAACACAAAACCGUAUGCGAUCGAACAAAAAUAAAAAGUAGAUAAUCCUUAGUUGAAGCGCUUGGAGGACAAC